GGCGGGGGAGCCCUCGGGACGCCGCGCCGCGCUCAGGUGCCCCGGGUCAGACCCCGCCGUGGCCGCCAGCCCCGCUGCUGCGUAGGGCCCCGGCCGCCGCGCCGCGCCGCCGAUGGAGCUGGAGGCGCAGUGGUGGACAGGACAGCUGGCUGCCGACAUCCACCAAGCGCUUCGCUACAAGGAGCUGAAGCUGCCCUCCUACAAAAGCCAAUCUCCCCAGUUACAUCUGAGAAGAUACUUUGCAGAUCUGAUUGCCAUUGUGAGCAAUCGGUUCAGACUUUGUCCUGCUGCACGACAUCUAGCUGUGUAUCUGUUGGACCUCUUUAUGGAUCGUUAUGACAUAUCUAUACAGCAGCUGCAUGUGGUUGCUCUUUCCUGUUUACUUUUAGCAAGUAAAUUUGAAGAAAAGGAAGACAGUGUUCCCAAACUUGAACAGCUGAACAGCUUGGGUUGUAUGACUAACAUGAAUUUGGUACUAACAAAACAGAAUUUGCUUCAUAUGGAGUUGUUGUUGCUAGAAACAUUUCAGUGGAAUUUGUGCCUCCCAACUGCUGCUCAUUUCAUCGACUAUUAUCUUUCUAUUGCUGUCCAUGAGACUGAUCUUCAUGAUGGCUGGCCAAUGGUUUGCUUAGAGAAGACUAAGUUAUAUAUGGCAAAAUAUGCUGAUUACUUUCUGGAAGUAUCACUGCAAGGUGAGUUACGUAUUUCAGGUAAUGACUCCUCUGUUGCCUUGACAGACAAUGACCAACUUGAAUCUUUUUCUUAUUCCUUCUUUCUAGAUCAUGCAUUUUUAAAUUAUGCUCCUUCUUUAGUUGCUACUGCAUGUGUAGCUUCUUCAAGGAUUAUCUUGCGUCUCUCACCAACGUGGCCUACCCGACUGCAUCAUCUUACUGCAUACUCCUGGGAUUUUCUAGUGCCGUGUAUUGAGCGACUAUUAAUUGCACAUGAUAACGAUGUGAAGGAAGCAAACAAGCAAAAAGGACAACAUGCUCAGUCUGCCCAACACACUGUAUUUCAGACCUCAGCUCCAACUCCCCAGCAGGCUAAUGCUCAACAGCACAUACCACAGUAUCUCCAAGCUCAUCAAUCUUCAUUACAGUAUCACCAUCAGACAUCACAGCAGCAAAACUGUCAACAGAUAUUAUCAUCUAAUCAUACAGCAUCUUACCCACUUCAGACUUGCCCUGCUGCCUUACAGUCUAGUGUUCAGGCUCGAGGCCAUGCACAGACUGGUGCUGCAGUGUCAAUCACUGCUCCGCUAGAAGUGAAGCCAUGUAUAAGUGUCUCCUACAACCGGAGUUACCAAGUGAAUGGACGAUAUUCCUGUAUUACUCCUUGCUUUGAGAGGUGAUAAAUACAGAAUGGUUUUGUGCUUGUUUUUUUGGGGUGGGAAGUUGUGUUGAGGGGAAUUGUUUUGGGUGUUUUUGUUUUGGUUUGGUUUUUUUGUUAACCCUCAAAUAAGUUUGAGGGCAACAAAUUGAAUAAGAGAGUGUCUUUCCAGGAAAAAAGGCAACUGGAUUGGCAAGCAGUACCAUAGGUCAAAUACAGACUUGAAACAAGCACACAGAACACCCUCCAAAAAGAAUGUGUAUACCUGGAGGUAGUAAGUUCUUUCUCUGGCACUCGGAAUACUCAGUGCUUCUAACGCACAUCUUUGAAAUACCAGUCAAAAGUAGCUGUGGAUUAACUACAGGCUUACCUUUUAAUGAAGGAGAUACGCAGUAUUAUUUUGAAGACAUUUAUGUAAUACCACCAUACAGUAUUAACACUUACUUUAAAUUUACUGAAACUUAAGAAUCCAUUGAAUGCCAGAUUUCUCCAGAUACAUGGGAACCACAGGAAGAAACAAAUCUCAUCUGGCUAACUCCAUACUCUUGCCCCUUUUUCAGCAUUUGUGUUGGAUAUUUGCUUUAGGCUAAGGCAUUUGAGUUAACUGGUAUUUUGGCUAGUUUUAAGUUUUGUACCUCACAGGAUAGACACUAUGUUUUUGCUUCUUUUCUUCUCCCUGUCUUUUUUAUGUUUAAAGUAACUCUUUCAUACUAACUCAGGGAAUUUUGUAUUCAUUACGCUGUGCUGCUGGUUUGUACACUUAAUUGGGUAUAACUUGAAGGGAGAAAGGUAGAGAGGGAAGAGAUUAUAGCAAGUGGAGUGGCUUUUCUUCAGGGCAUCUAUGUGCAGGAAUACCAAAGGGAUAUGUUAGUAUUCACAGAAUGUAGAUGUGAGCUACUGCCCAGCAGUGUGCUGUUGAGUAAUUGAAGAAAAGAGAGUUUCAGCUGAACUUGCACUGUACCAGAACUACUACAGUGGCUGCGAUUCCUCUGUGUAUACACAAACACACAUGUAGUAUUAAUCAACGGAGAGCAUCCUCCAGUUGUAUUGACAGUAUCACUUGUACAGAAAAAGUACAGUUAAAUGUACUUUCAGGCUUAUAGUGGAGGGAAAUUCUCAGGUAAUAGUGGGGCAACUUUUUCUUCUACUAUUUUGGAGUUCUAGGAGAAAAUGCAGAGAUUUACUCUUUGAAAGGGGUGGAUCAAAAAUAUAUUGCAGAGUGAACUGCUUUAUCACAAUUAAGGUGCUAAUUAUGUAACUUUAUGGAUUUACACUAUCUCCUGUGGAGUGGGUAGUCUGAGGGUAGAAAGCUUCACUCAUCCAACUCUUGGAUGAAAAUGGUGGUAGAGGUAUUAAUGGAGGAUUAUUUUUUUUUAAUUAUUUUUUUUUUUAAGUACAAGAAGAUACCUGAGUUUCUCCUGUGGUAGAAUAUGGGAGAGAGAGGGGUAUGGAUGACAGGAUUCUUACUACUUUAAAAUAUCUUUGUAGUAUGUGGACUUAAGGCUUUUUUUUGUUUUAUUUUUUCUUCUACCACCUUCUUCGCCCCUGUCUUAGUGGCAGCACUUAAAAUUGUGUACCAUCUAACGAUGCUGAAGUAUUGUGAAUCUUACAGAGACUGUUUUGAAAGCAGGGGCAAUUAAGAUAACAUUAUCAAUAUUUAUCACAGAAGGGCCUUAUCAUAAUGUUCAGAGUGGAGGGAAGACAGCUGUGUUAAUUCUUUCCUGGGCUGAAUGAUAACAUGCUACAAAAACCUACGUAUUGUUGAGGAGAAGAAAUCCUGUUUCUCUUGGUUUGUUUCGGUUUGUUUGGGCUAUUUUGCAGAAAUCUCAAUUUGUGUGGUGGGCUUUUGUAGCAUGUAUGUGCAAGCCAGGAGGGUGAAUGAAUGAGAUGACCCUCUGCUUUAUGCUACAGAAUCAACUUUGAAAUAAGUAUAGUGGGGUCAAUUCUUAAAUAAAGUGCAAGUUGGUUUGGUUGUGGUGGUUUUGGCUUUGUUUUUCUCUCCUCUCUCCAUCUUUUCAUGAAUAUUUGCCCAUGUCUGAGAGUAGUGUUGAGACUUUCCACCUCAUAAGAUGCCAUGGUUUUUAUUCAGCAUUGUUACCCAUUUAAGAGGGAAAUGGACUUCUUUCUCCUGGUUUCAUUUUGUUGCAAUGCUAUAUCCAAGUCCUCAGUGCUCUAACUACCUCUGAUGCUAUGAAUGUACAGUCUUGUAAUAGACCACAACUUGAAAUAACAGCAGAUGCCUGUAGCAAUCUUUUAUGUAAAAUCUUUAAAUCAGCUAACUUGUCAUCUUUAUUUGUGACACAGCAGUAUAGGCUCUUCUUUUUGAGUAUCAGUAAAUUUAUCCCAUAGGCAUUUGAUAUUUAAAAAUUAACUAAUACUUAACACUGGAAUUAUUAGGGGCGGGGGUGUAUUCAGUUAGUUAAUACAGCAAAUUUACAUUUAAUAGGGUAUUUUUUAUUUGACUAUUUUAAGACAUUAGGUCAACUGUAAAAAGAUCCACUACAUGCUGUUUGUUUUUAAUUUAUUACUUAGUCUGAGUUUUUUCUGACACUACCGCUGCAUAAUGUCUACAGAGAAAAUGUACACUGAACAGUUUCAAUAUAUUAUUUAAAAGGGCUUUACCAGUGUACAUUAGAAAUACACUGUUCUUACUAUUAGAACCAAAAUGUGGUUUUUAUGGAAUAAAUAAGAAUGGUGCUCCUAAAUGCAAAAUGUCCAACCAAUGGAAUCUUUGUGAGUGCUAUGCAUUCGACUUAUUUUUUAAAAUAAAACUAGUUUUGAGUAAGAA